CUGCCCCGCCUCUCCCCCUCUCUCCCCCCUUUGUUCACUCUCCGGCCGCCCUCUCCUCUCUCAGCAGCGGCUGCAGGUUCCCGGAGCUGCCGUCAGUCCCAGAGCUCCGCUAAAUCGGAUCUUUGGUCAGUCCGACCCGCCCCGACCAUGGGCAUCAACCGGCUGGCGGAGCUGAUCCGGGAACGGGCGGCCGGGGCCAUCACCAGCAAAAGCAUCUACGCGUAUGAGGGGAGUGUGAUGGCGCUGGAUGCCGCCGUGGUCAUGAACCAGUUCCGCAUGGCCCGGCCCGACCGGCGAUACCUGCACCAUCUCAGCCAGAUCGUGGGUGUUUUCUACCGGACCGCCAGCCUGCUCGAGAAGGGGAUCAAACCCGUCUUUGUCUUCGACGGGCCGGCCCCGCGGAUGAAGUCCCGUGUGCUUCGCAAGAGGCAAAAGUGGAAAGCCGACCCAUUGGGUCAGGAACACACAUGUGGCCCAGUACCGGAGAGCCAGGAACAUGCGUGUGGCCAGGUCCCGGGGAAUCAGGAACAUGCGUGUGACCAGGUCCCGGGGGGCCAGGAACACGCGUGUGGCCAGGUCCCGGGGAAUCAGGAACACGCAUGUGGCCAGGUCCCGGGGAGUCAGGAACACGCAUGUGGCUCGGUCCCGGAGAGUCAGGAACACGCGUGUGGCCAGAUCCCGGAGAGCCUGGAACACGCGUGUGGCCAGGUCCCAGAUUUUGCGGAGCCGGCCUGCAAAGGGACCCAGGAUACGUGUGGUGAGAUGCGGGGAGCUGAGGGCGGGCCCUCGCUGGAGGAGGGGUCCCACGCGCCCCCUGGGGGAACAGAGCAGAGAGAAAAAAGGAAAGGCGAGCAAAACACAGCAGCGGCGUUGGAUGGCAAGGUCCCAGUGGAGAGCUUCGUCAGGAAUGGCCGGCAGGAUUGCCAGCGACUGCUCACUCUCCUGGGCGUCCCCUACAUCGAGGCCCCGGGUGAGGCAGAGGCCACGUGUGCCGCGCUGGUCCGUGCCGGCCUGGUCCACUGCACGGCCACCGAGGACAUGGACGCCCUGCCCUUCGGCUGCAGCCGGCUGGUGCGGCACGUCACCGCCAGCCCACACGCGAGAGUGGAGGAGUUCUCUCUCCCCGCCGUGCUCCAGGCCCUGCAGCUGUCACACGAGCAGUUUGUGGACCUGUGCAUCCUGCUGGGCUGUGAUUACUGCGACAAGAUCCAUGGUGUGGGGCCGGGACGGGCUCUGCCCCUCCUGCAGCAGCACCACUCGCUGGACGGUGUGGUGCAGCACCUGCGGCCCGGGCGUCUGGCGGUGCCGGAGGACUGGCCGUACCGGGAGGCUCGUCGCCUCUUCCUGCAGCCGGCGGUGACUGACCCGGGGGGGGUGACGCUGGAGUGGGGGGCUCCUGACGAGGAGGGGCUGGUGCAGCUGCUGGUGCACGAGAAGCACGCCAAGGAGCGGCGGGUGCGGAGCCGUAUCCAGCGUCUGCGGGAGUCGCUGCGGGAGGUGGAGCGUCGCAGCCGCAUGUUCACGGCCGAGCGGCAGCAGCGGCUCGACGACUUCUACAGCCGCGUGGGGGCGCUGCGGUACCGCCGCCAGGGAGACGAGCCUCACUUCAAGCUGCCGAAGACGAGACGGAGGAUUGCUCGCCGCAACCUCUCCCACCCUCCCCUCCGCCGCCGUCCUCACCCCCGCACCUGCCCCCCAGCCCCCUCCACCGCCCUGCCUGCCGGGCCAGAGAACCUUCCGGUAACUCUGCCACUGGCUUAACUCAGUCGGUGCAGAGACACCCUCCCCCCCCCCGGCCCCAGAUUACUGCUUCAAAGGUCACUCCGGCCCUGACCUUGACCGGUGGUCAGUCCGUGCCCCUCAUCUGUGGUCAGGCCAAAUGGCUAGAGUUCCCCUUUGGCAAAUCAUGUGUGUGAAAUGGCCACCAUGUGUGUGAAACGGCCACAAUGUCUGUGAAUUGCAACAUUGGGCCACAAUGUCUUUAAAAUAGCCACAAUGUCUUUGAAAUGGCCAACAUGGGGCCACCAUGUGUGUUAAAUGGUCAUCGUAUAUGUGUGAAAUGGCCACCGUGUCAGUGAACUGGCCAACAUGUGUGAAAAAUGGUCACCAUGUGUGUAAAAUGGCCAUCAUGUCUUUGAAAUGGCCACCAUGUUGAACUGGCCUCCAUAUGUUUAAAAUGUCCAUCCUGUGUGUGAAACGGCCACCAUGUCUUUGAACUGGCCACCAUGUGUGUGAAAUGGCCAUCAUGUCUUUGAAAUGGCCACCAUGUUGGUGUAAUGGUGGCCUUGCCCAUAGUUGCCUCUGGGUGAUAUUAUGGAUUUGUAAUUGUUUUAUAAUUGUCACGUGUACUGAGAUACAGUGGUAAACUUUGUUUUGUGUGCUGUCCAUUCACACAAUACUAUGUAUAAAUAUAGUGUUAGCGCUACAGAGAAUGCAGAUUUAAAAAAAGUGCAAAGUCCACAAUGAUGUGGGUUGGAAGAUCGGGACUACACCCGAGCGCUUAUGGCAGGACCAUUCCGUAGCCUGAUAACAACAGGGAAGAAGCUGUUCCUGAAUCUGGUGGUACAUGCUUUCACGUCUCCAUAUAUUCUGCCUGACGAGAGGGGAAAAGAGGGAAAGACCAGACGGCUGGUGGGCCCGUGAACAUACCCGUUAUAUGCCCCCCCCCCCCUCUCCAAUGUACAGGUCUCCAAUGUGUCCUGUAGACCGUGAACAUAUCUGUAAUUGUGACUUGUGAUGUGUUGAUAAAUCAGCAUUAAAACUGUUGAAACAA